GCAGCCAAGCAGGGAAAGACAGUCAAGGAUGUUUUUGGAGAAGUUAAAGCAAUGUUGGAUGAUAUUGGGCAUACUUUUACCUUGAAAAGCAUUCGAUUUGUGGCUUACCUUUUGAGGAAAGUUUUCAGAAAUAUUUACUCUGGGAUCAAAGUUAACAUGGAUGGACUGAACAAGGUAUUUCAUUCAACUGUCUUUGCUGUCUUUGAUGCUGAUGUUAAACACAUCUAUUUGAUCUUAUUAAUAGGUUAAUCAAUGCAUUAUUCUGCAAUAUGUUCCAAUGCAACCCACUUUGUGAUUAUAUUCUCUAUCAAAGCCCAGACAAAUUUGCUUAGUCAGAAAAAUAGUGUAUUAGGCAAUGUUGCAAUUAUGUUGAUUAUCAAUUAGUUAAUGAGCAGUCAAUUUGUAGUUAAUCAAUUUCAUAAUUUAUAGUAAAUGUGUUAAUUAGUAAAUUCAUAGUUAAUUAGUUAAUAGUUCAUUUGUGAUUCAUUGGCAAUUAAUUAAUUGGUUAAUUAAUAUUUAAUUGGUUAAUUGCUGAUUAAUUAGUAAAAUUAAUUAAUGGUGAUUAAUUAGUAUAAUUAAUUAAUGAGUAAUUAAUUAGUAAUUAGCAAAUUGUAGGUUAAUUAGAUGUUAAUUAGCAAUUAGUAACUUCAAAAUUAGUAAAAUCCGAAUGUCAUGCUAAUUUGAUCAAAUAUUUUAUAACUGCAGGUGAGAGAGAUAUCAAAGGAAUGUCCUGUGGUGUUUGUUCCUGCACAUCGUAGUUAUACAGAUUUUCUUCUCGUGUCAUUUGUAUGUUACAUCUUCCAAUUACCUUUGCCUGUCAUUGCUGCUGCACAAGGUAGGACUUCUUCGUGUUUAAUAACUUGAUUUGUCAUGGUUGAAGCAGUCGUAACCUUCUGGCAAUUGAUCUUAGAUAAGUGUAUGGUAAUUUUUCCCUAAUUAACCCAUUGAGUGCCUGCACCCUCCCCUUGACAAGUUAAAUCAUCUUGUGUUAGGCGGAGUAAAAUGAUCAGGAUUAGGAUGCACUUGGGCAUAAUGCAACUUAAUGGGUUAAUUAUGAAAUCAUUCUAUCUUGGCAGGUGUGAUGGCACUGUAAUUAUGUUAUAUUAUAAUUAGACCAUGGUUACAGUAGAUUAGGAUUACAGUAGACGAGAUUGGCUUUGGAUUCAAUUAAGACAUAUCAAACGGUUAUUCAUUAAUGUCUCAGCGAAAAGUCGUGGAUUUUCUUAUUUUUAUAAUGCCAGAUUUUGACUGUUUUAAACACCCAAGUUUUAGAAACAUAGCUAUAAGAUUCUGUUUGUUGAUGAGUUGAUAUGCAUUAAUUUCAAAAAACGAGUCCAUGCAAUUUUCCCUGAUAUCUACUUGAUCUUUUAAAGUUUGCUGUCUGCGAUGAUAAGAGAAAUACUUUAUUCUUUUGUUAGAUUUCAAAAAUAUGAAGUUGAUUGGUGGACUACUCCGUAACUGUGGAGCAUUCUACAUGAAGCGAAGUUUCCGUUCAGAUGAACUUUACUGGGUCGUCUUCUCGGAAUACGUGCAGUGUUUGCUGUUAAACAGUGGAACGACAAUGGAGUUUUUCCUGGAGGGCACUCGCAGUAGAUCUGGAAAAAGUUUACAUCCAAAACAAGGUUUGUUGAGAGAGCUUUAUACUGCAUCAUCAAGUUGAAUGGAUCUGAAUAGCAUAUAUUUUCUACCAUUUUAGGUCUGCUUUCGAUAAUAACUGACCUAUAUUUCACGUCAAGAGUUCCAGAUGUCAUGUUUUGUCCAAUCAGUAUCAGCUAUGAUAGAGUUCUUGAGGAAACUUUAAUGGCACGUGAACUGCUUGGUGUGCCCAAACCAAAGGAAUCUCUCAAGGUGUUGUUUGUCAAGAAUUCUCUUUUGAUAAAUAUUCUCUUUUUAAAAUACUCUCAUGAAAAUGCUGCUAAUUAGUACAUAUUAUUGUCGAUUUCAAGUCACUUUUCAACACGCGGGUUCCAAGUUCGUUGCAAACUUGCCAAUUACGUUUCCAAGUUUGAAAAUUGGGCGCGAACUUUGCAAAAAGUUCGCAAGUACAUUUCAAUGGUUGGACUUCGUUUGUAAACAAAUGUUCAUACUCAAUAAUAAUAACCAAUUCAAUGAAAUAUUAACCUUCUUGAUAGACCAAGAACGUUCCAUUGAAUUGUUAAUUUCAACUUGAACUAUGAACAUUUCAGUGCAUGUUUACAAAUUACAAUAGUUCAAACAUUAAAAUGUACUUGCGAACUUUGUUACGAAGUUCACGCCCAAUUUUCGAACUUGGAAACGUAAUUCAGUAAUUGCCAAAAUGGUAAUUAGUUUGCAACGAACUUCGGACUCGCGUGUUGAAAAGUGACUUGAAAUCGACAAUAAUAUUAAUAAUAGUGUAAAUAAUAGCUAAUCUUAUUUAGCAUUAAUAAAAAAAAUAAUAUGGAUAAUAAUAAUAAUAUUAAUUAUUUUAAUAGUAAUCAUGAUAAUUAUUAAUAGUAUGUACUGAUUACUAAGUUACGCAAAUGCUGAGAUAUUGCGUUAUUUUUUAGGGCCUGUUGAGUUCACGUUCUGUUCUUUCUGAUAAUUAUGGUUAUGCUUACAUGUACUUUGGGAAGCCAAUUUCUCUGAGAGAGUUUUCAGAAGGACUGGUGGAUAGAGUUCAAAGAUCUUGUAUUCCUAGGUAGCUUUGAAGAAUGACUCAAUGUUUUAUACCAAAUCUAACUCUAUUUAUACCCCAGAUAGCUCUAUCAGUUCCAGGGUUGGCGCUAGGGGGGGGUUAGCAAAUUGUUGCAACUUAGCCAACAGAUCUUAAAUUGCACAAUGUGCGUAGAUGCAAUGCUGUAACAAGCCACUCUGUCAGCUGAAUGAUUUUGAAGAGUCAGUGCGUAACUCGUAAUCUUUGAUCUUUUCAGGUCAAUCAGAGGUGAAGCCACAGCAGAUGAAAUGAAUGUCGUACGAAAACUAGCUGGACACAUUCUGGAGAAAAUGCAAGAACACUUGAUUAUUCUGCCAAAUAUGAUUGUUGCUUCGAUACUUCUUCAAAAUUCAACAGGAAUUGAUCUAGGUGGGAUGUUAUGAGGUUUACUGUCGGCUACUUUCUUUAAACUAUACUGUGCAUCCAUCUCGCUUUUUUGCGGUUUGUGACUAUAAAGCACGUCUGUGUUAUGCAGACCCUAUAGGCUUAUAUAGCCACGGUUUGUGACUAUGAAAUACGCCUGUUUUCGACAUACAUUAUAUAGCCACAGUUUGUGGUAAGUAUGCCUGUUUUCAGCAAACUGCUGUAAAGUACGCCUGUUUUCGACGUGCCUUAUUAGCCAUUCCGAAGUUGAUGAGUGGACUGGGGACGAGUGUUAAAAUUGCCCAAAUUAAGAAAUGAACCAAAUCACUAAAAAGACCACCUCAAAAUUAGUAAGUAUACAAAGUUUGAAAACGUUUACAUGAAUAUCUUUCGAAUAAUAAGCUUUCGAAAAUCGUGAUAUUUACUAUGAAAUGUAUUGUAAUUUUUGUUUUUGGGACGCGCGUCCCAAAAACAAUCUUUUAAUCAGUAAUUUCACAAUUUUCGAAAGCUUAUUAUUCGAAGGGUAUUCAUGUAAACGUCUUCAAACUUUGUAUACUUACUAAUUUUGAGGUGGUCUUUUUAGUGAUUUGGUUCAUUUCUUAAUUUGGGCACUUUUUAACACUCGUCACCAGUCCACUCAUCAACUUCGGAAUGGGUAAUUAAACCACGGUUUAUGGCUAUAAAGUACGCCUAUUUUCGACAUACCCUGUCAUAGCCAUGCAUGGUUUGUGGCUAUAACUGUACGCCUGUUCUCGGCAUACCUUUACAUGUAGCCAUGGUUUUGCAGCAUUUGACUACAUAAAAAUGCAGUAUGUUGUAUUUUCAUGGGCGGCAUACCUCAGCUGAUUCCUAAUAAAGUCGAUUUGUAAGUCAGUUUAACUAUUAUAUAAAAACCAAGAACUCGCUACAAAUGGCAAUACCAUGAAGGAGAAAUGCUUAUUGGAAAUUUCUCUGCUAGUCAUUCUAAUAUACGUUUAUUCCUAUUUUUUUAUUAUUUCCAAACAGAGCUCCUGACAAAAAAGUACGAGGACGUCCUGGGUUGGUGUAAGAAGUGCAAUAUACUGAUCGCAAGAAAUGGUAAGAUGUAUUACAUAAACAAAAUGCAAUGCAUUAGUAAACGCGGUAUAAAUAAGCUUAUUUGUCAAGCCUUGACAACAAGAAGGAAUCAAGAACCAGACUGGAAGCAUUCUUCUCACAUGUGACUGAGAUGAAACUAAGUAUCAUCAGAAAAUUGUAUACUACAGAAAUUCCUAGAAUUCACUUGAUUUUCUUUUAGAUGGCAACGAUUUCAGACAGGAUAUAGUAGAAAGCUUGCAGCUACUGAAAAGUUCCGUGAUGAUUACUGAAGAGAACAAAAUAUUGUUACUGGACCCUGAACAUUAUUCUGAGGAAUUUAAAGCGAAAGUUUACGCUAUACUAAAGAAAGGAAACUUGAGCGACGACCAAGAAAAAAUCACAAGCCAUAGCGAACGUCGUUUGUUUGGUACAGACAGUAGUGGUACAGAACCAAUGGCAAUAGGUGGUUGUGAUAAGCCAACUGGCGUUAGGGAGGAUUUGUUGCUUGAUGUGAAGACUUUAAGAACGGAUGAGAAGAGUUAUAUUGUACAUUUGACUUGUGUUCAUCUACAACUGGCGCAUCAGCGUAAUCAAUUGCUUCAUUGGUUUUAUAUACCAGCUAUGGUCGCUUUAGCUGGCAGGAGUUGUAAAGAAAGGGUGCCUGAAGGUAUGUUUGUUUUUGAUGUUGUUGAUAUGUGUGAUGAUUGUCAUGGUGUACAUGGUAAUGGUUGUGGUAAUGUUGGCUAUAUGGUGAUUGUGGUGGUGGGACUGGUGGUAGUGUUGGUGGUAUUAAUUGAUUGUGGUAGUGUCGGUGCAUGGUAAUGAUCAUGAUUGGUAGUGGUGGUGGUAGUGAUGGUGAUGCUGAUGAUGAUGAUGGUAAGACGCUGGUAAUGACACUGGUAAUGAUGGUGGUAAAGUCAAAGAUGGUGGUAGUGAUGGUGGUGUUGAUAAUGACGGUAGUAAUGAUGGUGAUUGUGGUGGCAGUGGUGAUUGUGUUGUUGUCCUGUUGGUACGUAGUGCAUAUAUGGUGUCGUUGUCUUUGUUGUGUUGUUGUUGUUGGUGGUGAUGAUCGUGAUGAUGAUGGUUUUGUUGUAUGGCACAGCAAGUUUCAAAGGAUGGAGAGGAAGAACGUACAGUUAUAUAUGCUGUUUUCUGUUUAUUUAGAUCAACUUUACAACAAGGCAAAGUUGAUUGGUGACCUAGUUUGCCUAGAGAUAGCAAAGGACUCGUUUGCUCCUAAACAGGUAAAAUCGAAAUACAUAUUGCUCAAUAGGCAACCCCCUAGGAUCUGUAUCCCGAUAUGUAUUCUAUUUUUCUUCAAUAGGAGUUCCAAUCCUGUCUAGAGAAGUUCAAACAAUUGGAACUGUUUAUUCGCUGUGAUGGAUUGUACACCAUAAAACAGACGGAACCGUUUCAUUUUAUUUCUCGUUUAUGGAGCGCUAUCCUCACGUCGUACUGGGUUGUUUGUUCCUACAUUCUUGACUCGUGUGAUGUGGGGAAAGAAUAUCCUGCAAACACGUUAACACAGAAUUGUCAGGAAUUCGCACUACGGCUGUUUUUGAAUGGUAAGAAACACUCUAACGUUAGUUCUCUCAGUUCUAAAUUGUUCUCCCCAAAUGUCGAGUACAUAUAAGGGCCGUCUCUCCAGUGUUUCUACACUACAGGAGAAACGUAAACUGAAUCUACUGGAUUGCUCUAUCAGUUCCAAACUGGCUUCCUGGAGGUCCAGUAAAGGCCAUUAUUUGUCCAGUGUUGCUAUGAGAGGGAACGGAUCGUAGUCUGCGGAGAAAGCAUGCGGAAUUGGCUUAGUACUUACACUAGCUUUUUUUGUUCCUUUUAGGAACUGUACAUGAUCUGGAAAUACAGAGUUUGGAAUUAUUUAGAAAUGGAAUAAAAUCUCUUCGGAAACAUGAGAUAGUGAAACAAAUGUAGGUAUCCAAGUAAGUCGAGUACUUCAAAGUUUCGUUCCCUUAUUUCUAGCCGUUGACUCAUCAGUAUUUAUUUUCUUUGAAUUUGAAGAAAGAGGGAAUCCGACCAUAUGAUCGUGAUAUCCAAUAAAUCAGCGUUGUAUAAUCUAACAGACGCUCUAGG